AGAAGCACAUAUUUUGAAGUAGUUGUCUACAGUAAACUUAGCCAUACAUACUUAUAGGUAAAUGACUUCGCAGUGAACACUAUGCAAGACGCAGUUUCUCAACCCAAGCGGAAUAACUAUAUGAGAAGGCCAAAAGAGUUAAUUGACAGACGUUUUUGGUUAUUGUUACGAAAGCUCUAAUUCAAGUUAAAGAUAACUAAUGGAUUUAUUCCUUUUCUAAAGUCAGUUACUAAACUCACUGCAAGUUGCAUUUAAAAGCAUCUCUUUCGGUUCGAAAACUCACCAGUGACAUCACUGUAGAGAUGCUUGUUCAGAAUGAUAGUGUAAAACAAAACAACAAUAAAGACGGUGAUCCCCAGCCGAUACAUGCCUCUGUUGAAAAGCAACAGUAUCCAAAAAAGAAGGCUGCCCGGAGUUCCAAACAUUCUCAUGCAUCUCGGGGUAGCGAUCGUCCUCGUCAAAAGUCACUGAAUACAAUGUUUUGUGGGUGUCUGGUAUCCGGAUCAGAAUGUGGUAAUACAAUGGAGCAUCCCCCACUUGAUAACAACCGACGACUUCUUCCUACCAGUGCUAUCCAGUCAAUGGAAUCUCUUAGCAUUUCCAAAAAUGCAGGUUCACAGUGUUUUCAGCCAUCCCAAGUAUCUGAUGACUCAGGUUCAAUUAAACUGCAACCAGUUGUUAACUUACCUUCUUGUGCUCUUAUAACAGAUGCUUUGCUUUCACAAACCAAACGGGCAAGUACAGUUAAGAUAAGUGCACCUUCCAAUGGAGUAAAGCACUCAGGUUGGCACAGUUUUAGAUUUAGUCGUAAAAAGGAGUCAAAUUUGUCCAAGACAAAACAACGUGAUUCCACGAUAAGGAUAUCUGUUACCAGGCCCUUAAAAAGCGAUAUUUCCCACCCUGAAGCAGAACAACAGUCAGAAACAGUUCAAUCCCUUGUGUUCUCACCAUUACCAAACCAAGCAGUACUGGAAACAGUAAAUUCUGGAGAGCAAAAGGCUGCGUUGCUUGGACCGAAAAGUGAAACAGACAAAAGCAAAAAGUGUUUUGUAAUUGACUUGGACGAAACUUUGGUGCAUAGUUCAUUUAAAGUAAUCGAACAUGCUGAUUUUAAAGUAGGAGUUGAAAUAGAUGGAGUCACACACCGUGUGUAUGUUUUAAAGCGACCACAUGUUGACCUCUUCUUGUCGACCAUGGCCGAUCUAUAUGAAUGCGUACUGUUUACUGCUAGUUUAGCUAAGUAUGCUGAUCCAGUUGCAGACUUCAUUGAUAAAUGGCAUGCUUUCCGAUACCGGUUAUUUAGAGAAUCUUGUGUAUAUCAUCGAGGUAAUUAUGUAAAGGAUCUUAGUCACUUAGGCAGACCAAUCAACCAAGUUGUUAUUUUAGAUAAUUCACCAGCAUCCUAUAUGUUCCAUGCAAGUCAUGCAGUUCAAAUCUCAUCAUGGUUUGAUGAUGCGAACGAUCGUGUUCUACUUGAUUUGAUUCCUUAUUUCGAAAAACUUGCAACACAACCUAACGUGGUUGAUUUUCUAAAAAACAAUAUUCCUCCUACGCCUUAUGCUGCUAUCGGUACAAUUGGUCUACCUCCAGGACUUUUUACACAGGCAACAUUCCCGGCUACUACUUCAACUGGCAGUGGUAAAUCCCAUGACGCCAGUUCAAUAAUCUCGAAUAUAAGACGUCCAAAUGUUUCUUCUCCACUGCCUGUAUCCAUUGGAGAUAAUCACCCACAAGUUUCGAAAGAAUCAUCUACAACCUUGACUGUAUCAAUAUCUGCUGAGAACAAAACACAAUACCUAACUAUUACGGAUGCUGUUGCUGUAGUUACUAAAUUAGAUCCUCCAGAAGUUAGUGGUCCUUCACUGAAUCCUGUGUUGAAAAAUAAUGAAAAAUCAAGUUUUUCAGCUCCUUUACCCUUAACACCUUAUGUCCCUGUCACUUCAUCAUCUUCAAGUGUUUCAACAACAAAAACAUUAACUAACAAUUCUGUUCAAACAGUUGCAUCUGUUUCAAAUGUGUUCACAUCCGAUGAAAUUACACAACCUCAAACCUCUGCAUCUCCAGGAAUUUCAUCUUCGCCCUUAACAAAUAAAUUGGCUCACAUUCCAUCUACAAAAUACUCAGUUCAGAGUUUAUCCAUGGGACAUAAAACUUUAUUAGGUACAUACCAAAAGAAACAAAAUCCUUCAAAUAAACUAUUUGGUACUGUUUCAAAUUGUUUUAAACCUACCCCUCAUAUCCAAUCAAUUGAAAAUCAUCAUUCAUCAUCACCAAAUAAAUUAAUUACACCUAUUCUAUUGCCAAAUGUCACAUCUUCUACCUCUUCUGGUUCAUCAACAGUAAAUGUAACACAUUCAUCUACUAGUGAUUUUACUCCAAAAAUUAAUCAUUCUAUUAAGAAUCAAUAAUAUUGUAUUAUAACCACUGUAAUACGUCUUAUUUUUUCGUUAAUCCUUGUGCCAAAAUAUGAAUAUCAAUUUUGUUAUUAAUUUAAUAAUCAUUAUAAUAGUACAUCAGAAUAACUCAAUUGAUAGUUUCAUAUUUUGAAAAUUCUUGUUUUCCCUAUCAAGCAAUUAAUUAAAAAAAGAAGAAGAUAUGGACAAGUGAAUUUAUUAAUGUAUUAUGUGUAAUAACAAUUAUAUAUUGCCAAUUACUUAUUCUUUCUGCUCAAUCAAAAAUAUUAAUAGUGUUUCUUCAAAUGUUUCUAGUUCUACUAAGAAUAUUUUAAUUCCUUUAUUGUUUAUACAUGUGAAUUUACA